GAAAAACCGAACUUUGAGACAUCAGGAAAGUUAACAGAAAACACAAACACAUUCAGAGGAGUAAUCAUCAAAUACAACGAGCCCCCAGAGGCACGAAGACCAAAAAAAAGAUGGCGUUUUUACCCAUUCAAAGGCAAUGAGGCACUCCCCUUAAUGCACCUACACAGGCAAUCUGCGUACCUAUUAGGCAGAGACAGACUGGUAGCAGACAUACCCGUGGACCACCCAAGCUGUUCAAAACAACACGCAGUUUUGCAAUACAAACUACAACCAUACGUAAAACCUGAUGGUUCAAAAAGCUCUCGAGUCAAACCUUACAUAAUCGAUCUUGGAUCUGCUAAUGGAACUUAUGUUAACAGUGCCCGUAUAGAAGCCAGGAGAUACGUGGAAUUGUUUGAGAAGGAUGUCCUGAAAUUUGGAUUCAGUACAAGGGAUUAUGUAUUGCUGAGUGAGAAUGCAGACACGUCAGUUCUGGAUGCCGAAGACGAU